GCAGCACCACGUGUCAGUUCCAAAGUUCGGACUGCACUGCAAGCAUCACCAGAGAGUGAAGGCGUCGUAUGUGCCAUCAACAUGAGGGAACAGUUCUCUGGCUUGGAGACGAAGCGCUGUUGCGAAGAGAAAACUGAAGCAACUUGCGUGUCUUGCUGUCAGGAGCACUUUGCAUCACGGGGUGACAAAUGUGUUGAUGUGUGCAGCUCUAUGUGCUCAUUUGGGUGGAACGCGGCAAAUCAAAAAGUUCCCCAAUGUCCGGAGAAAUUGGGAGCCUUGGCUGCCAUAAGUUCCAUGCACGACGCAGGCAUUCUUGACAUGUUGCAUUUUGCAAGCACGUUUGUGUCUCUGAGCACAUGA